AUGGGUAAACCAAAAAAAAUGAGCUUAGGUGAAUUCAUGGCUGAUGAUUCGCUUGGCGGCUCGUCCUGGGCAGACGAGGAUUUCGAUAUCAAUUCUAUCGAGGUCCCCAUUAAUGGCCCUCCUCCUAGGAGGGUUGAUAGGGGGUACUCCAGUCACUACGGGGGUUCCAGUGAGUAUGGUGGUUCUAGAGACUAUGGUGGUGGUUCCAGAGACUAUGGUGCUCCCAGAGACUAUGGUGGUGGUUCUAGAGACUAUGGUGGUGGCUCUAGAGACUAUGGUGGUGGUUCCAGAGACUAUGGUGCUCCUAGAGACUACGGUGGGCUGCCUACAAAAGGCUUGACUGCACCUUUCAUAGCCAAAUUUUCAAAUUUCCCAGAGAUUGUUACACAGAAGUUGAUUCAGAAUCUAUUUGAAGCACGGUUCAUGCAAUACGAAAAGCUUAAGGUACUUAUAGAUCCCCAUCCACCUCAGUCCCGCUUUACAAAGCCACAACCACUAACCAAGAAAAAGUGUGCAUUUGUGCAAUUGAAUAGUUCGCAGGACCUGCAGAAGGUCCUUAAAUGGAACGACAUAUUUAUCGAGCGAAUGAGAGCUCAAGUGGGUCUAGCGGACUUUGAAGACUUUGAAAAUGUUCUAAAGUACAAUAAGGAGAUUGAAUAUGAUGAAAAUGGAGAAGAGGAACGGAUAAAUGAUGAAAAGUUGGCUAAAGAGGCAGAAAAGGCUGCUCGUUGGAGGAGCCAGAUCGAUGGAAACUCUCGUACUAAUGUUCCUAGAAUGGAUUCUGGUCCUCCCGUUAUAAAGUCUCGGCGUAAAUCAAAUCCGUUUGGUGUUGCCAAACCUGUCAACGUUCUAGAGAUACCAUUAGUUUCUGAGAAGGCCAAAGUGGUUGCCAAGGUGGUUAAAAAGGCUGCACGGAAGUCUGACUCUAAACGGGAGUCUAAGUCUGAGUCCGUGCCUAAUCCUGAGUCCGUGCCUAAGCCUGAGUCCGUGCAUAAGCCUGAGUCAGAGCCUCAGCCUGAGCCGAAGCCUAAGCUCGAGCCUAAGCCUACCCCUAAGGCUAAACCUAAAGUCAAUCCAUUUGGCAUUGCCAAACCCGUCGAUCCUUCUAAACAAGAAGAGAUUGAAAAAAAACUCAAUGAGAUGAGUAUCAAUGAGACUACGUUCCGAACAAAAAAAGGGGAACCGAAGAGUGCAAACACAAAGACAAAAAUUAAACUACUCAAGCAUGAAAUCAAAGAAGAUCAGAAAACACAAACGGAAGGCCAACUGGUUGUCGAAACACGUCCUCGCCGUAGAUCUCGCAGCAGAAGAUCUCACAGUUCAGCAAGGGGUACUAAAAAUCGAUCCAAUUCAGGAGGGAAAAGAAGUAGUUCGAGAGAUCUUUCAUUGAAGGUAGUCAAAAAGGAAGAGAAUGGUAAAGAGCUAUCGUUUAAGGGAGCUAGAAAGGAAGAAAACGGCAAGGAGUUAUCAUUCAAGGGAGCGAAAAAGGGUGUUAUCAAGGAUGAGAAGCAGAAGCCUAGAUCCAAGACACCGAAGGAGUUAAAGGAAUCCAUGAGAAAUGGAUUGAGUCGAAGAGAAAGGAAGGAUGUGGGGGGUCUUCGAAGGAUUAAAGGCACUAAAGGCGGUCCUGAGAGAUCUAAAGUUUCUGACAAGAAGAAUAGGACCCAGGAGGUUUCGAAGAACGUUGAAACUCUUGCUAGUCCUCAGGUUAAUUCUGUGAAUCCCCCUACUAAUCCUCCUGUGAACUUUCCUAAGAAUCCCCGCAGCAUGACAAGGCUAAGAGGUGGGAUGAGACGGAGAGGAAGGGACAAAGGAGAGGGCUCUUCUACGGAACAACCACGUGGUGGACGUGGUUCUCGGGGUGCUUCUGCAGGACGUGGGGCUACUACCGGACGUGGACGUGGUUCUCGAGGUGCUUCUGCUGGACGUGGAGCUGCUACCGGACGUCAACGUGGUUCUCGAGGUGUUUCUGCUGGACGUGAAACCACUCCCGGACGUGGAACUACUACCGGACGUGGCGCUUCUAGAGGCCGUGGUAGAACUCUCUAUGGAAACCUCAAGUACGUUAAGCCCGGUUUGUCGGAGCCUAUAGAUUCCUCUGACCCAGUGAAGUCAUCUGCUGCCGGUUUGUCCGAGCCUACAAGUUCUGCUGGGCCUGCUGCCGAGUUCACCAAGCCUACAAGUUCUGCUGGGCCUGCUGCCGAGUUCACCAAGCCUACAAGUUCUGCUGGGCCUGCUGCCGAGUUCACCAAGCCUACAAGUUCUGCUGGGCCUGCUGCCGAGUUGACCAAGCCUACAAGUUCUGCUGGGCCUGCUGCCGAGUUGACCAAGCCUACAAGUUCUGCUGGGCCUGCUGCCGAGUUGACCAAGCCUACAAGUUCUGCUGGGCCUGCUGCUGUGCUGACCAAGCCUACAAGUUCUGCUGGGCCUGCUGCUGUGCUGACCAAGCCUACAAGUUCUUCUGUGCCUGCUGCCGGGUUGUCCAAGCCUACAAGUUCUUCUGUGCCUGCUGCCGUGUUGUCCAAGCCUACGAGUUCUGCUGGACCUUCUGCUGAGCCUGCUGCCGGGUUGUCCAAACCUGCAAGUUCUGCUGAGCCAGUGAAGUCGUCUGCUGUAUCUACCUCUCAAUAA